GCAGACUGGGAAAAUGGUCAGUAGUGAAAGUUAUCUAACGUCAUCUGGCCGGCUUAGUUAACCUAGCUAGCGCUACCAGAGGCGCUGUUUGCUGCCUUUGCCAGUUUAGCGAGCUGACGUUACGUCCGUGCUCAGCGAGUUUAAUGUAACUGGUUGCCUUGAGCUGCUGGUGAGCUGUAACACUUAACCAGCGUUACCAGUCAGCACAGUUUGCUAAACGGCCGUGUGGGCCCACUCAGGAAAUCUUAAAGGAAUAAAAUGUAAUUUCAGAUUAUUACGCUGUUAUAAACGCGCACAGCGUGCCGGCAGUUACUGCGGGGUUAAUAAAUGUCAAGCCGGUGACAACUACGUAGUUAGUUAGCCAGCCAGCUUGCAUCGUGUUGUCUCUUGUAAAGUCCUUGUAAACUGGCUGUUGGCACGUGGUCGAAAUACGCUUAAAACAGGUCAACAAGUCAUUUCACCGUUGGCCCGUGUUGUGAAAGGCUAAGGAUGCUGUCCAAAAGCAACGCCGCCGUUCAGAGAAGGGGAGAUAGUUAAAGGCCUGAAGAUCACAGUGUUGGCCACCACUGGCACCUGUACACAAUGGGAAGGAUCAGUAUCUCCUGCCUGUUUCCAGCAUCAUGGCACUUCAGCCUGUCUCCUGUAGUUCUUCCCCGACUCAUGCUCCCCACCUUAAGGCAGCUGCUCCUGCUCGGCAUUCUGGCAGCACUCCUCGGACUCCUCUACCUACUGCUGGUCCCAGGGAAAGGACAGAACAUCUGGGUCCGAGAAGACAAGCACUACCACAGGCAUUUGGCGCGGGUGACGGACGUGGAAGCCACGGACACGAGUAAUCCCAACCUAAACUACGGUGUGGUGGUGGACUGUGGGAGCAGCGGUUCUCGUGUGUUUGUGUACACUUGGCCUCGGCAUAACGGCAACCCUCAUGACCUGCUGGACAUCCGGCAGAUGAGAGACCAGCACCGCAAGCCAGUAGUCAUGAAGAUCAAACCAGGUAUCUCUGAAUAUGCAACUACACCAGGAAAAGCCAGUGACUACAUGUAUCCUCUGCUAAGUUUUGCUGCCCAGCACAUCCCCAAAAAUAAGCACCAGGAAACUCCGCUGUAUAUACUAUGCACUGCAGGCAUGAGGGUUCUGCCAGAAAGCCAGCAAGAAGCCCUGCUGGAAGAUUUGCGGACUGACAUUCCCGUGAAUUUCAACUUUCUCUUCUCCGAUUCACAUGUGGAAGUCAUUUCUGGGAAGCAAGAAGGUGUAUAUGCAUGGAUUGGAAUCAACUUUGUGCUGGGGAGGUUCAAUCAUGUAGAUGAUGAUCAUGAGGCUGUCAUAGAGGUGCAAGUUCCUGGUGGCGACCAGCAGGAGACGCUGGUGCGCAGACGCACAGCUGGAGUGUUGGACAUGGGUGGCGUCUCCACUCAGAUAGCAUACGAAGUGCCCAAAACUGUAAGCUUUGCUUCUCCACAACAGGAAGAGGUGGCUAAGAACUUACUGGCUGAGUUUAACCUGGGCUGUGAUGCUCAUCGCACAGAACACGUCUACCGGGUUUACGUUUCAACAUUUCUGGGAUUUGGUGGGAACGCAGCCAGGCAGAGAUAUGAGGAGCAACUUGUGAGCAAUACUGUCCUCCAGAACAAGCUCCUGGGUAAACAUCAAGGCGAGAGCGCCGACUCGCCCAUACUCGACCCCUGCAUGCCCACUGACUUUGAGGACGAGGUGGGUCUCCCCGGCCAGAAGCUGCACCUUCGUGGGUCUGGAGACUUUGACCGCUGCCGCCUUCUGCUCCAGCCGUUUCUCAACCGCACCAAUGAGACCAGCACCUCAUUGAAUGGGGUCUACCAGCCCCCCAUAGACUUCAGCAACAGCCAGUUCUAUGGCUUCUCUGAGUUCUAUUACUGCACAGAGGAUGUGCUGCGCAUGGGGGGUGACUACAACUCCUCUAAGUAUGCCAAUGCUGCAAAGGACUACUGUGCCACCCAGUGGAAAAUUCUAAAAGAACGGUUUGAUCGUGGUCUGUAUGCUUCCCAUGCAGACCUGCACAGGCUCAAAUAUCAGUGUUUUAAGUCUGCGUGGGUGUAUGAGGUGUUCCACUCAGGUUUCUCCUUCCCUGUGGGCUACGACAACCUGAAGACUGCGUUGCUUGUGUAUGAUAAAGAGGUGCAGUGGACUCUGGGAGCCAUCCUGUACCGCACACGCUUCCUACCUCUGAGGGACAUCCAGCAGGAGAGUCUGAAGGGCUCUCACUCUCACUGGCACCGUGGAUUCACUUUCAUGAAUAACCACUAUCUGUUCCUGGCCUGCUUCCUGGUGGUGCUGCUCUCCAUUCUGCUGUAUUUGCUCCGGCUGAGGCGCAUUCACCACAGGGCCACCCUGCUACGAGGGACCUCUGUCCAGUGGCUAGAGGAAGGACUGGGCUCUCCCGACCUGCCCGUCACUCUAUAAGGCUCUGGUCCCUCUCCGCUAUCAGUUAUUGAGUCUGUGCAAUCAAUAACUGGAGGAGGCGCCUCCAGACUCUCCAGACUUUUUUUUCCCCUUUGAUAAUAAACUGUACAGCAUGGGCCCUGUGAAUCAGCUCACCUGUCUGCUUGCUAGAGGAGGGCUUGGACUUUCAAAACCUUCACCCUUCUGCCAGUAUCAACUGAAUCUCUCCUUUCAUUCCCAGAGGCCCCUAACAGUUGAUAACUUUCAUAUCAAAUCAUUUCUCAUAAUAAUAUUGACUUCUGACUGUUAAUGGAAGCUGCUGGUAGAAAAGGCUGGUGGGGGAAAAAAGGCUUUCUGGUGCAAUGUUCCUUCUUUAAGACUGCUGCGGAGUGCCUGGAGAGCUGGAUGUGUGGGCCAUUUCUGGCUGCCCACAGUUCAGCAAUGACGUUCAGUCCUUGUCUUGAAUAAUUUAAAGAUGAUGUUUGCUGCCUUUAGUUUUUAAACAUUGCUGUCAAUGUGAAAGGAGUUGAACACAAAGUUAGCAUGAGGUCUGCGUAUGUGCUCUCAGAUGACGUAAUACUCUCUCUGUCUGAUAAGAUUAAGUGGCAGCUGCCUCGCACCCAUUCAUGCACACACUCCACACUCUUACCUUUAUCUGAUGGUGCCAAAGAAGAACAUGAGAUGCGUUUUAAGUCACGUCAGUUGAAAACGUAUCUGUAGGGAUGCCUAUUUGCCUGCAUUGGUACUGACGGACAACAGAUACGACAUUUUGAAGGAAUUCUCAACUUUCUCUCAUCUGUGCAAACGUGUUGUGUAGUCAGUAACUAACAGUCAUUUCAGUGUGUUUCCCUGUAUUUAGGAAAGAAUGGGAUCCAUUUUGAAUUGACUGAUUAGAAGUCACUGGAAACUACUGAAUCGUGUGAGUAAAUGUUUGAUCCUGCACUUUCUCUAAAAAAAAUAAAGUAAAUAAAAUUUGAGAAAUGUCAUGGAAGAACCACAUUAUUCAAGGAGAUUUGUAGUGAAGAACAUUUGAAAAGUUUUAAGGCUUUUUAAGGGUUCUUCCCAGAACCUCCAUAUAAUCUGAAGGUUUAGGCCUGUCACAGUCAUGAAAUUUUAGCUGACACUUGAUUGCCACAUAUAUAUUUGCGGUUAACAGUUAAAUUGUCUCUUUUUUUUGUUCAUUGUUUGCAGCUGUUAAAGUUCUAACCUAAAGUGGCCAAGUUGGCUGAUUAGCUGUCAUGCUUAGCAGCUCCCAACUGACGACAGAAACACCUCAAGCUCAAAUAAAUGAACAUUGAUCUCAUUGCUGCCCUCUAAAGGGGUUGUAUCACUUGUCAGAACUUUUUUUUUUCAGGAGACCCAUAAUGUGUUUACUGUUGUCUUUUAUUUAAAUACAUUUGCCUCAAACCGACUGAUUUAAAAAACAUACCCAUAUAACAAACAUAUGAUUGUGAAAUGUAACAGUUGUGGAAAAUAAUUGUGAUCAGCUAAAAUAACUGAUUAGUGAGAUUAGAUUUGUUGCGAUCAGCCCAGUCUUGACAGGCCUAUGGAGGUCCCUUGAACUGUAAGAAGGUUCUUCACACCCACAUAAAAGGGUUCACUAAAAAACAUCCAUUGAAAGGUUCUUCAUUAAACCAAAAAUGGUUCUUCGAUGGCAUUAUGGAAAGAACCCUUUUGGCACCCUUUUUUCAAAAGGGGAAUUUCCAGGUUUUGAACAGCACGGCAGGGUCCGGUUACAUUUGCUUUGUCCAGGGUUUUCUGGUAUCCAUGGUGAUCAGGCAAGAAUGUGUAAACCACACCAAUACGCUGGUAAUAUCUGUAUUACCAAAAAAUCUUCCACCUGGAAAACUAGUUCCAUCUGUGAAAGAAUGAGUUAUACAGAUUGACAGCUUAAUUCAUUUCUUGAUUGACUUAAUAUUAUCAAAAAUUAAGUGUCUAUAAAAUAUGUUUCACAGAAAUGUUUUGAGGGUGUUCUGCUAAAGGGGAAAGUGUUUGCAGUUAUCAAACGAUGCAGAUGCAGCACAGAGAUUAGGUUGAAUAUUCCUUUAAGAUCUGACCAGUGCCAGAGUCUGUAUUUCUGGUUGUGACCGGUGGUUGAAGUCAGAUUGCAGAGAUAGCAUUUAUUUACUUCAGCUGAGGCACCGAGCCUUUUCAUUUAUUACCCACGUUUGCUGCCAAAUGGAUUUUUUUUCUCCCUCUUUCACUGUUCAGUGGAUGAGGACUGUGACUAUUCAGAUAGAGAUCAGUGUAGAGUUCCAGCAGAAUACACCGGAGUUUACAUCUAAUUUACUGUAACCAUGAAUCACACAUUCUUUGAAAAACCCUCUGUUUUUGGAGCAAUCUUCUUCCUGAGAAAAGCACUUGCAGACAGGCCAUGCGUGUAUGAGGUAGUGAGAGACGAAAUGAGAGAAUAAUAGAAUUUUUGUUUUGUAGGUGACACUGUAUUAAUAUUUAUUGAUUCUCUCCAUGUACUGUUAAAGGCCUUUUAGACAGGGGUUGUUUUCCAGCUUUAUGCUUUGAUUCUAUAAGCUUAGUUCUGUAGUUGGUGCCAGUCUGUGUGUUUGAGAGAUUGUGUGUGUGUGUGUGUGUGUGUGUGUGUGUGUGUGUGUGUGUGUGUGUCUCUGUCUGCCAGCUCCACUGUUCCAUUUUUGGCUCUUUAUUGUUGCACCAUUUGUGUCAGUAUCUUUUUAUUCCUUUUCUAAAUGGGUUAUUUAAUAGUAAUUUCCUGGCGAUUGUACAUUUCUUUCUUGCUCUCUCUCUUUGUAUGAACGUGUAAUAGCAAUCAGAAGAGAACCAGUGCAAUAUUCAUGUGAAAAGGAGUUUUCAGCAUUGUAACUGCUUGUACAGUAAUAAAUUAAGGAGGUGAGAUCCACCACACUCACUUUUUAUUUCUUUUUAUCUCUCUUGAGAGACCAUUUCUGCCAUCUGUUAUGUCAAGGUGACGAUGAUCUAAACUCCUCAUCAGAAAUCUUAGUUUGUCAGUGAAACAUGACUUGCCUUGGAAGCUGUGAAGGGGAAUUCCACCAAUUUUUUAAAAAUUCUGCCUAACUCAGUCUAGUCAUUUGUUUAAAAUGUGAAAUAAUGUCUAAGACAGGGGUGCAUGACUCUAGUCCUGGAGGGCCAGUGUCCAGCAGAGUUUGAUAGUUGGCCAAUUCAAUCACACCGUCUAAACCUGGAAAUGAACAGAUGAGUGUAAUCAGCUGUGUCCGAGCAGGUCAAUCAGCGCGUUGUAGUAGAAGCUGACCCCCCAGGACCGGAGUUGUGCACCCCUGGUCUAAGAUAUCAGGCAGCGUAUUUGCAAAUAUUUGAACAUAACAUUCUGUGAUGGCUUCAGAUGUUUGUUUCCCAUCAGCACCACUGGGAACAGUUCUGACUCAGUAAGGUUCUCAAGAACAGAGCAUUUCACAUCAAGCCAUUGACUUUGUUUACAUCUUAACCAUUUAAUUAUGCAGAAAUUUUGGAAAAUCGGUGAAAUGGCCCUUCAACUCAGCCAGGUGCUGUACUGUUACUACUGGCCUCUUGUAAAGAGUUUAUAACAUAAAAGCUUCUUUAUGUACUGUUUAUCUCUCAGAAGCAGAGGAUUUGUAGUGUGCACGCAGAAAACGGAACAAUUAAACAACUUUCAGAUGUACUUUUUACAGUGAUUUUAUUUGUCUGCCCUGAGAAAUGAUUUCUGAAAAUAAACACAUGCUUUCCUUUGCUGUA